CAUGAAUCUGCUGUCAGCUUUGAGCACUGGAGGAGAGGGCUGUGUUUGUUUCUGGUAAACAUGAAGUCAAACCUCUGCUAUUUCUUUCUCUUCUGCUUCCAAGUUGAAGCUCUCACAGCACCAAGCACUCGCCGGGCAGGAGGCACUGAGGUAGCCGCUGCAGGGAAAAUUGGUGAUUCUGCCAAGUCGGACAUGUUUAUAGCUCAUGACGGGGGUGUCCAAAUUUUAUGCAAAUAUCCUGAGACCGUCCGGCAGUUUAAAAUGCAGUUGCUGAAGGGGAUGCAACCACUUUGCAACCUCACGAGGAUGGAGGAGAGUGGAAACACGGUGUCCGUCAAGAACCUGCAGCUCUGCCAGUCUCAGCUGUCCAACAGCAGCGUCUCUUUCUUCCUGUAUAACCUGGACCGUUCUCAUGCCAGCUACUACUCCUGCAAACUCCUCAUUUUUGAUCCUCCUCCUUUUCAAGAGAUUGUUAGCACAGAAUAUUUGCAUAUUUAUGAAUCACAGCUCUGUUGCCAGCUGAAGCUCUGGUUGCCCAUAGGAUGUGCGGCUUUUCUGGUGGUCUACAUUUUUGCCUGUGUCCUUAUAUGUUGCCUUGUAAAAAAGAAGCCUCGCCCCAGUGUGCACGACCCUAAUAGUGAAUACAUGUUCAUGGCUGCGGUGAACACGGCUAAGAAGCCUAGACUCGCAGAUGUGAGCCGUCAUUUGGAACUCUCUGGCACCCAGGCGUGAAACCCGUUGGCCAGCUCCCUCCAACUUGAAGUGCAAGAUUCCCUCAUUUCCUGGACCACAGAGAAUCUGACUUGAUUUGACUACAUACAUCUUCUGCUCAUGUUUGGUUCAAUCUGGCCCAGUGACUCUAUCAGUCAAUAGGGGUCUUAACAGACUGCCUCAGUCCUGUUGAGUUCUCUCAAGACAAACACCCUCUCGCAACUAGCUUUAUAGAAAGCCCGGCUCAUGUGUGCUCAACAAAUAGACCUCACUGGGGCGAAUGCCUGUCUGCACAUCUGCUUCUAGCAAUGCGCCAGCUAGUAAAACAGACACAUCUACAAAAAUUUUUUAAAGAAUGUGCAAAGCAAAAGGGCAGCCCAGGGCCAGCAUCUGUCCAUGUUUCACUAACAGACUACCUCUUCUUCCUGUAGAGAUGGGCAUUCCUUUUUCAAUCAGACAGUAGUUAUUUGAUUUCUCAAGCGUAGAUGUGUAACUGCAGCAUGCUGAUGCGUUAGUGCACAGCGCUCUUCUGCAUCUUCCGAACCCCCAGUGACCACUCCACCAAGAGUUUAGAUGCCUCUUCUGCCCUCAGUUUUCUUUUUUAAAAAUGCUUCUACAUGCCUACUUGACAGACACUCUGAGUAGGGAGCUAUGUCUACAUUUUUCCCUCUGCUGCUCAAUUACAUAGAUAUACAGUUGCAGCCUAAUGAACACAUCUUGCCUAUAUUUUCCCUAAAAGCAUAUUUUUGCUCCGGAAAGACAUCUUAUUUAUCUUCUUUUCCCAAAUUUAGUUAAAAUGGUUUACUUUGUUGACUUGUUGACAUUAGUGGUAGGAAACAUUGCCCAGAAUCAAAAGCGACUUCAUUUUAUGAUACUGUUUUCUACCAUUAUAUAUUUUUUCAUGGUGCUAUUAAUUGCAAGUUAGGCCUUUUUUGUAGAUCAUAUUAAAAUCGCAAACAAACCGACAGAUCCACCUUCCACAGUCCAGCACUGUCCUGGGGUGAGAGCCAAUGAUCCGUUCAGCCGAGAGCAGCAGCUCCCUGGGCUACCGGCAAACUGCAGCCGCGCUGCCUCUGGGCUUGACAGGCUGGAAUGGCCCCCAUGGGCCCGGAGCAGCCGUCCAGACCUGGGUGGCAUUCCAAGGCCUGAGAGACUCUCUUGAGCCAGGGACAACCAGGUGCUCUUGCCCCCAGAGGCUGAAGUCACCCUGGGGACCACAGUGGGUCUGCCUGCACUUGUACCUCCAGGAUCUACAAAGAAGCAUAGAUGUGCCAGGGGACCUCAGCAUGAUCCAUUCUCCUAGAAACCAUUCAGCCUGGAAACUGGCCCUGGCCCUUCGAGAUAGUCUUCCUUUGAAUAUGAUUUGAUUGGAAAGAUUCUUAAACACAUGUAAUGUGGUUAUUCUUAGCUGAAAUAUUUUCUCCACUUUGUGUCUGCAUGACCAACCAAGGCUUCUGAAGCAGCCAGUGUGUAUGCAACAAUAUUUUUAACUUUAGGUAAAAUGAGAUGAUUUACUAGUUUUAAAAUUUGUAGUGGCCUGCUUAUACUUUACUUUAAAAGUGAGACCUAACGUGUCAUUACGCACGCUUAUAUUGUUUUAAGCGUGUGUAGUGCUGGAUGUGUACAGUACAGUACUGAAACUGUAAUUUGAAUCAAGUAUGGUGUUCUCUGUUUCCAGCUCAUGUGGAUGCCCAGCUGGCUUUGCGGAGGUGUUCCUGAGUCGUUUGCAGUUUUCUGGGGAGGGUGGGGGCGGGUGGGCAGGAGACCCUCCUUGUGGCCGGGUGGCCUGGUUGUCAGAGUUGUGCCCUAAAGAAUCCUCACCCUCAGUACUGGAUAUUUCACAGAGAAUUAUUAAAGGGUACAAUUUCUGUUAAAUGAAAACUGGUCUUAAGAGGAGCUAAUUAUGAAAUAGAUUUUAGCAAUAGUAGGAAACUAAAGAAUAAACAUUUGAUAUUUGGCAACUGAAA